GAGCUGUUAAUGAGCUCGGUGUGGGUUUGCCAGCAGAAACACCAGAACCAAUCAAGGUAUCCCAAGCUCCUUUGCCUCCUGGUAAAGUCACUGUUGUAGAUGUUACUCACGACAGUGUGAGUCUGUCAUGGGAAAAGCCUGACGAUGACGGUGGUAGCAGAAUCAAGUGCUACGUAGUGGAAAUGCAAACCAAGAGCGAUGACAAAUGGACUGUGUGUACUGAGAUACGGGGAUCGAGAUCAACUAUUGAUGGACUCUUAACAGGUGAGGAAUAUUCAUUUAGGAUUAGUGCAGUCAAUGAAACAGGCCAGAGUGAACCUAAGCUACUGGCAGAGGCUGUCGUAGUAAACAACGACACAACGGAACCCAUAAUAGAUCUGAUGUGUAACACAUACAGUGUCAAGGCAGGAGACGACCUGAAGAUCGAUGUUCCAUUUAGAGGCAGACCUGAACCUGAGGUUACAUGGAACAAAGAUGGUGUUGAAUUGAAGGAGACGACCAGGGUUAGCGUUCUAACAUCUAAUAACGCAUCACUAAUCACUAUCAGAAACACAACCAGGGAGGAAUCGGGGAACUAUGAGAUCACCUUAACCAACACGGUUGGUAGAAAAUCAGCCAUAAUAGCUGUUGUCAUCUUGGAUAAACCUGGCCCACCUGGUGCAAUCAAGGUAGAUGAGGUCAACGCUGACUAUAUUUCACUGUCUUGGGAUCCCCCACUCUACGAUGGUGGAUGUCCAAUCAGCAACUACGUAGUAGAGAAGAGGGAUACUACCACUACAACAUGGAAGACUGUUUCAUCCACAGUUGCCAGAACGUCUAUUAAGGUUCCUCGUUUGACACAAGGCACUGAAUAUCAGUUCCGAAUUGCAGCUGAAAACCGUUACGGCAUGAGCCAUGCUGUGGAGUCCGCUUCAGUUGUUGCACAGUACCCCUUCGAGACACCUGGCCCUCCCACUACCCUCCGUGUUGCCCAGGCUACAAAGUCCUUCAUGUUGGUUACAUGGAAUGAACCAGCCAGUGACGGUGGUAGUCCAAUCAUCGGUUAUCACCUGGAAAUGAAGGACUAUAGCAGUAUUCGCUGGACAAAAACUAACAGAGGACGUCUCAUUGCUGAAACAGAAUUUAAAGUGAAUGGCGUUGAAGAAAGCUUGCAGUAUGAAUUCCGUGUUGCUGCUGAGAAUAUUGCUGGUGUUGGACCAUACAGCAAAGCCACUGAGCCUAUAGCUGCAAGAGACCCAUGUGAUCCUCCUGCUAACCUUACAGUCACAGACAUCACAAGAUCUUCCAUUUCUCUUACUUGGUCCAAGCCAGAGAAUGAUGGUGGAGCCAAGGUGACUGGCUACAUUGUUGAACGCAGGGAGCUUCCAGAUGGUUGUUGGCUGAAGUGCAAUUUCACCAAUCUCCAGGAAACUUGCUAUGACAUUGAAGGCCUUACGGAGGACAUUCAAUAUGACUUCCGUGUUAUUGCAAAGAACUCUGCUGGAGUACUCAGUGAGCCAUCGCAAUGCACAGCUGCCGUCACAGUCAAGGAUAACGUUGUUCUACCUCGCAUUGUCUUGGAUAACAAGUAUAAGAAAUUAGUCGUUGUCAAAGCCGGAGAUGUUCUGAGAAUCGAUGCAGAUAUUUCUGGGCGCCCACGUCCAGUCAUUUCCUGGUCAAAAGAUGGUGAAAGGAUUGAGAUCAAGGCAAGAAUAGAGAUCACUUCAACACACACUACCACCACAUUACUAGUCAGAGACACUAUCCGAAGAGACUCGGGUCAGUACACUGUAACAGUGCAGAACAUUGCUGGUACAAGGUCCCUGUCUGUAAACUGUAGGUUCUUGACCGCCCUGGACCGUCCUCUGGGCCAUUGGAUGUGA